AUGCUGCGAAGCGGUAUCAACUCGUUCCGUCUUCAAUCCAGCCGAAUCUCUUCCGCUCGUCUCGUCGCAUUUCCGUCUUCCUCUGCCCCUCUCGUCGUCGUUCCCCGCUUUUCUUCUUCUUCACCGUCGUCGAUAGGAUUCAGAUCUCCUCCUAUUCGCGCCAUGGCUGAAAUGACUCCUGUCUUUUCCAAGGAGGCUGCUCCUCAUCUUGCUGACAAACAUCGUGAUGUGACAAAACAGCUGCUGGCCCAUACGUACGGUGACACCCAUUCCAUCCGUCCCUUCUCCUCCUGCUCCUGCUCUCAAUUGGUCCCAUGCCAAUCUGUUCAAUCGCCAAUCAGCCAAGCUAUCAAGGCAAAUGGCCAGAUCUUCGUUUCCGGCCAGAUCCCCGCGGACAGCGCAGGUAACCUGAUCGAAGGGACUAUCGGUGAGAAGACGGCCGCCUGCAUCAAGAAUGUUGCUGCCGUUCUCGAGGGGGCGGGUUCCAGCCUCUCGAAAGUCGUGAAAGUGACUGUCUUUCUCACAGACAUGGCCAACUUUGCCGCCAUGAACGAGGUGUACGAGAAGUACUUCACGCACAAGCCCGCUCGCAGCUGUGUGGCCGUGUACCAGCUGCCCAAGGGUGUUCCCGUCGAGAUCGAGGUUGUUGCUCUGCAGUGA